AUGUAUACUUCAUACCUUCUGGGCACACUUGCCGUCCUAACUGCUACCGCGGUCGGAGCUCCGGCAGAACACAUUAAGAAGCGAGAGAGUCGGACUAGUGCUCCCUCGGGGUGCCUGACGGUCGGAUCGGACGGCACAUAUUCCACCAUCGGCGAUGCGCUUGAUGCCCUGGACUCGUCCAGUUCAUCCGCUUGCAUUUACGUGGCGAGCGGCACGUAUGAGGAGCAGCUGACCAUCGACUAUGAUGGCAACCUGACACUGUACGGCGAGACCACCGAUACUGGCACCUACAAGGACAACGUAGUUACCAUUACCCACACUAUCUCGUCGUCGGAUGCCGGCUCUCUCGACAAGAGCGCCACCGUCAACGUGGUGUCGGACGGGUUCAGCAUGUACAACAUCAACGUGGAGAAUGGAUAUGGAGAGGGAUCACAGGCGGUGGCUCUUGUUGGAAAUGCAGAUCAGUUGGGCUUCUAUGGGUGUCAAUUCAGCGGGUACCAGGACACCCUCUAUGUCAAAGCCGGCACCCAGUACUACUCUAACUGCAUGAUUGAGGGCGCGGUCGACUACAUCUUCGGCGAUGCAUCGGUGUGGUUUGGCGAAUGUGACAUUGUGUCCAACGGCGCCGGUGCCAUCACGGCCUCAUCGCGGGAAACCUCCUCCGACUCAGGCUGGUACGCCAUCGACAACUGCAAUAUUAAGGCUGCAUCAGGUGUCUCCCUGACGGAGAAGGUCUACCUGGGCCGGCCGUGGCGCGUGCUUGCACGGGUCAUCUACCAGAACUCGGUGUUGUCGGACAUCAUCAACCCCAAGGGAUGGACGACCAUGGCAGACGGUGCGACGCCGCUGUAUUAUGAGUACAACAACUCUGGAGCGGGAUCAGACACAUCAGACCGCGAGUAUGAGUCCUCCAUUUCCGCGGCAGUUGACAAGACCACGGUGCUGGGCGAAUCUUGGGGCGACUGGAUUGAUCGCAGCUACUAA